AUGCCGAUCGCCAGCAGCACAGGCAGAAGGAUCGAGCAAUUCCUGGCGGAAGAGCGGAUGUCGUACACCCAGAAAGAGAAAGAAUUCGAAAAGCUUAUCCACAAACAGCGCCAUAAAAUGCUGAGAAACUGCGUGGCACAGGUGGACCUCGACCGACUCCUGGUAGCGGAGGAGGAAAUGGAUACGUUCAUGCCAUUCGAAGAGUUUAUUCGGUUUCGCGAAUGCAGCAGUGGUCGUCUCCAACAUAGUGCUCUCAACGGAAGUCUCAGUCACGAACAGGUCAACGCCUUGGACGAGGAAGAGUGGUGGAAUCUGCAGCUGUAUGCGGGCGAGGUGAUGGACAGCCCAGGGUUUCUCAAAUAUCCCAACCUGUCCUGCAGUUAA